AGGAACAAUUACCGGAAUUAAUUGAACAACAAUAUAACAAGUAAAUUUCCCUAGACAUCGAGAACAUGCUCGUCUAAAGUAAGAAAGGACUGAAUGAACAUUUGUGAACAUAAAGUCGCUGAAAAGAAAGUUACACGGUGUUUUAUUGUAUUUUCUUUAUCACGGAAAUAGCCGCGUAGUGCGUUCCAUAGACGAUGGUGAGCAGUACAAACGACCCGAGUCUUCAAGAUUUACCAUUCUUGUCAACUUCCAAAUCUAUUGGACCAGUAACCUGGGACGAUGCUACAUGGAUUCUUACCAGUUCUUUUAUCAUAUUCACCAUGCAAUCAGGGUUUGGACUGUUGGAGGCCGGGUGUGUAUCUAGGAGAAAUGAGGUUAACAUCAUGGUCAAAAAUGCAGUGGACGUUGUUUUUGGUGGCAUCACUUACUGGGCAUUCGGUUUUGGGUUAAGUUUUGGCAACAGUCCAGGUACAAACCCAUUCUGUGGAAUUGGGUAUUUCUUUGUAGAUGCGCCACAUGCAGACAUGGGAAUAAUUUUCUCCACUUACGUUUUUCAGUUGUCGUUUGCGACAACAGCUACAACUAUUGUUUCUGGCGCGAUGGCUGAAAGAACAAAGUUAAUAAGUUACAUUGUGUUUUCAUUUCUCAAUACUAUAGUCUAUUGUAUACCAGCUCAUUGGGAAUGGGCGUCAAAUGGAUUUUUGAGAACACUGGGUGUUGUAGAUAUCGCAGGGAGUGGGGCUGUUCAUUUAGUUGGCGGAGUGUCGGCAUUCGUUGCAACAUUCCUUCUUAAACCUCGACAAGGGCGAUAUAGGGAGGGGCAGAAAGUGACAGACAACCCGCUACCGAUGGGCAAUCCAGCAAAUGCCCUCAUAGGAAUGUUUAUGUUAUGGUGGGGAUGGCUGGCAUUUAACUGUGGCAGUACGUUUGGUAUAUCUGGUGGAAAAUGGAAAUUAGCAGCAAAGGCAGCUAUAACAACAUUGAAUGGAUCAAUGGGUGGAGGGAUUGUUGGUAUAAUAUUGUCUUAUGUGAUAAAAAAAGGAACUUUUGAUGUUGGUUAUUUGAUCAACAGUAUACUGGGAGCUCUUGUUGGCAUAACAGCUGGAUGUGCCGUGGUCAGGCCAUGGGAAGCUGUGAUAAUUGGUGUCAUUGGGGGACUUUUAGCCAUUCUAUGUAUUAUCUUAAUCGAUAAAAUCAGAAUAGAUGAUCCAGUAGGAGCUAUUGCUGUACAUGGUGUUUGUGGCGCAUGGGGUAUGUUGUCAGUUGGGUUAUUUGCUGCACAUGAUCCUCUAGAGAACACAACACAGGGUCGGGACGGGCUGUUUCACGGAGGGGGCAUGUAUCUUCUGGGUGUACAGACACUAGCUUGUUGUGUUAUCAUAUCUUGGAGUGCUGUCGUCAGUGCCAUGUUGUUGUUGGGAAUUAAAUUUACCAUCGGUCUUCGUCUGAAUGAAGAAGAAGAAUUGAUAGGAGCCGAUUACACUGAGCACGGUAUUGGAACACCAAAUAUUAUGAAUUAUAGUGAACGCGGACUAAUGUCACCCCCAGCAGUUACCAGGACACAAUCAGUAUGUUCUGCUAGAUCUAUAUCAACUGCUACAGUUAAAUCAAUGACAGAAACUUGUAACAACGAUAUUAACCUUAUCUCACGACAAACAACAAAGCGAUUCCGUUCUGACAGAGUUGUCCCUGUAAAUAAUAUCCCUGGUGAAGUUAAUGCUAAUUUUUCAUCUCCAGUUGACAAUUUAUGAUCUUAAUGAUACAAACAUGUGAACUGUAAAAUGUGAAAUUUCUUGAUGAUUUACGUUCGUCAUGAAAAUCAUUAACGUAUGUAACACUUGCCUACGAGUGUGUGAAAAUAAGAUGAUUCAGCAAAUAUUUCUCUGCAAUAAAGAUGGCGUCGGCCAGUUUUAUGUGAUACAUAACAGUGACAGGAGCAUGUGGCACUAUAGCGGGAACUCCUCGUUUAACCUAUUAUUAUAGAAGAUGAACUAUUAUUUAGUAAAGUUGAAGAGACAUGUUUUAAUCUUUUCAGAUAUCACCAGAACAAUAUGAUAAUAACAUUGUUGUACAGUACGUUUAUAUGUUAUACUUUGUCACGUCGUGUUGCUUUAUACAUUUUAAUAUUCAUUAGUCGAUCGUUGUAUCAAAUGUUACAGAAAGUUGUUUUUAUGAACGUACAAUUAUUUUCUUUGAAUCUGUUCAAUAUAAUCCAUACAUGUUCUUGCCAAACAAAUGUCAAUUUCCGAAAGAAAAUAUAUCUAGAAAUGAUCAGUAAAAUACUUUGUGUUGUAUCUUCCAUAAAUAUGUAACCCUUUUCCAUUUACCUUUUCCA